UGAAGUUGUAUUCAAAACAAAACCUUACUUUGGAUGCUCAUGUAUAUUAUUAUAUUUUUAGUUUUAUCGUCAUGAUACCCUAAUAGAAAACCUCAUUAGUCAUGGUGAAGAAGGGUAAAAAGAAGAAAAAGAAAAAGGCUGCUGUUGAAACAGCAGUAACAGACGCUGCUGCUGGGAGUGCAGAUGAGUUGAAUAUAGAAGGUGAAGGUGCUCAAUUAGGAAUUGGAAAAAAGAAAAAGCCAAAAAAGAAGAAAUUAACGAAGGAAGAGAAACUAGCUGCAAAACUUGCAAAGCAAUUGCAAAGUUUUCAAGAAGAUGAAAAAACUUAUACAAUUUUUUGGCAUAAAAUGCAUAAAUGGAUGCAAGAUCAUGCAAAAUCUGUAAUAUCAACAUUCAAGCAUCUGGAUCCUGAGGAAGAAGGCUGUGUUCCAUUCCAAAUUUUUAAAUCAGGUCUACGAGAUCUUGGCUGCCCAGUUACUGACAUUGAAUUGUAUGCUUUGUCAAAACUUCUUGAUCCAGAAAAUACUGGUGGAAUUGAUUAUACUAAUUUCAAAGCUGGUAUGAGGCAACCACUCGCUGCCUCCGAUUCAGAAGAAGAUCAUGAUUUACUGCCUGAAGACUAUCAACCUAAAGUCAUGUCUUCAAAAGAAAAAAUUUCAAUACAAACUUUUGGUGAUCCAUUCAACAUCAAAUACCCAAGAUACAUUCGUCUUGACAUGAAGCUGAAGGAUUUUGUUGCGGUAUCCAAACAUCCUGGACAUUUUCAAUUAACAGUUCAAAAUCAUCUAACUGUUCGAGGCUUGAUUAAUAAAAUUAGUGAUUGUACUGAAAUUACCAGUGGACAACUGCGAAUUUAUGCUGGAAAAGAAUGUACUCAAGAAGAGUGCCUGCAUCCACGCAUGUCUUUAGAAGAAUGUGGAUUUGAUGGCGGUCCACAUUGGAGUCCACAAAGGGGGGUUCUCUAUUAUGACUACUUUGUAGAAUAUGAUGACUGCCCACUUCUGAAUUGUGAUUUUUAUUUUGGAAAUUAUGCCAAACCACACAACCCUGUUUUAAAAGCGUAUCCAGACUAUGAAGAAAGAUUAGCAAGAAAAAAUAGACCAAACACACAGGAAGAUGACAGUGAUUUCUGACGUCAUGCCAUUGCAGUCUUUUCUAUCCCUGGCUAGCUGUUGAUUUGAAUGCAAUGGGGUCUGUCACCUGCUACAAAAAUCUGCCCAUUCCUAUUUCACAUUCCUAAGCGUAAUGAAAAUUCACCUCAAAGCAAAGUCACAGACGAUCACUGAAGUGUUAAUAGCUGAAACAUUAGAAUUAUGGCUACAUGAUGCCAAAGGUUUGUAGCAAGCAAAGUGCUUGUAAACUCCACCUCUCAAUAUCGCAAGAACGAUGGUAAAUAACGCAGCGGGAUUCAUUCCUGUUUGACAUUUGAAUUUCUACAAUUCCAUAAUGAUGUUGUCGUUCACUAUCAUGUUGUCACUAUCAUCUUGCGCUGCUCGUCAAGCAGAUGUGGAACAGGGAACAAAAAAAUAUAGCCAACCGAAUGUGUUACGGUGAUACCGCAUUGCAACAAUGCACACAACCAUCACCGAGGUAUUUCUGGUCAUAGUGACUGUUGACUUCAGCUUGUGUUUGAAUUUCUCUAAUAGCACUUAGUUGAAAAUUUACCUAAUAUCUAUUUAUUUUUGUUAUUUUUGUUUCCUGUUUGAUGAUAUCAACACACUCCUUUAUUUUUAUCACUGCUAUUAUAUUAUACUAGGUAAAUGCGUAAUUGCUAGUGUCUAAUUUUUUUUCAUCUGGUACAUCAUUGAACCUAACUCAUGAAGAGCCUCGAAUUGAUGAUUCA